CUUACAAAUCACCAUUCAUAAGAGUACAAUUAUCAAAAGCAUAACAAACCUUUUCAAUUUCCUUGCAAUAAACAAUGGCCGCAUCAUCAUCCAUGGCUCUCUCUUCCCCAACCUUGGCUGGCAAGCCAGUCAAGCUGAUCCCAUCAAGCCAAGAAUUGGGAGGUGCAAGGUUCACCAUGAGGAAGUCUGCUACCACCAAGAAAGUAGCCUCCUCUAGUAGCCCAUGGUACGGCCCAGACCGUGUUAAGUACCUAGGCCCAUUCUCCGGUGAGUCUCCAUCAUACUUGACCGGAGAGUUCCCAGGUGACUACGGUUGGGACACUGCUGGACUUUCUGCCGAUCCAGAGACAUUUGCCAAGAACCGUGAGCUUGAAGUUAUCCACUCCAGAUGGGCUAUGUUGGGUGCUUUGGGAUGUGUCUUCCCAGAGCUUUUGUCUCGCAACGGUGUUAAAUUCGGUGAAGCUGUAUGGUUCAAGGCAGGAUCUCAAAUCUUUAGCGAGGGUGGACUUGACUACUUGGGCAACCCAAGCUUGGUCCAUGCUCAAAGCAUCCUUGCCAUCUGGGCCACUCAGGUUAUCUUGAUGGGAGCUGUUGAAGGUUACCGUAUUGCCGGUGGCCCUCUUGGUGAGGUUGUUGACCCACUUUAUCCUGGUGGUAGCUUUGAUCCAUUAGGCUUAGCUGAAGAUCCAGAAGCUUUUGCAGAAUUAAAGGUAAAGGAACUGAAGAACGGUAGAUUAGCCAUGUUCUCUAUGUUUGGUUUCUUUGUUCAAGCUAUUGUAACUGGAAAGGGUCCUUUGGAGAACCUUGCCGAUCAUCUUGCCGACCCAGUGAACAACAACGCAUGGUCAUAUGCUACCAACUUUGUUCCCGGAAAGUGAACACUAUUAUGUUUAUGUUAUUGGUGAAGUAUGUUAUUGUUAUUGUAAUGUUCUUCCCAAUUUAAUGUGAAUUGUUAUGGUUA